CCACCCUUUUUAUAAAGGCCACCGGUCCAACAACGCUCAAAACCUUCACUUCUCCCUCGCUGCUGCGCACACCACUCCCUGUCGACUCAGAAUAGCCUGACAUCAAAACUCCUCCACCUCUACAUUUCUAUCCGUCUUGGACUCUUCGGUGGUAGCUCUCCUGGCUCCAGAGAAAGCAUCUACCCACCGAAGAGUCCAGAGCUCGCACAUCGGAGGGGGUAGUAUCGGUUGCUUGACGUGGGGGAGUCGAAGAGGAUCAUGGCGUAUAUGUGCGCGGACAGCGGGAAUCUAAUGGCCAUCGCGCAGCAGGUCAUCCAGCAGAAGCAGCAGCAACAGCAGCGCCAGCAGCAGCAGCAGCAGCAGCAACAGCAGCAGCUGGUGGCUGCCUCCGUCAAUCCCUUCUCCACGAACCCCCCACCGUGGGGCUCCUCGCACCAGCCCCAGCAGCAUAUGACCGACCACUUCCCCUUCGUCAUCCCCGACCCGGCUACCACCUUCGCCGAUCCCUUCGCCCCCGAUCCCGUCGCCGGCUUCGCCGCGCCCCCUGGUGGCGGCCACCUCGACCAUGGCCCCUUCCGCCUUUCCGACUUCGGCUCCUCCGCCUCUGCUGUGGCCGCCGAGUUCGACUCCGACGAGUGGAUGGAGAGCCUCAUCGGUGAUUCCCCCGCCGAGAGCUCUGACCUCAUGGGUGACCCUUGGCAGGGCGCAGCCGGCGGUUCAGGAGCCCUCUUCGCCGACGCCUUCCCCUCCUGCUCCACCGAUUUCAGCCCACCUUCUCCCCCCGCAUCCGCGUCGGACCUCAACCACGUCCUCUUCUCCGAGCACUGCGAGAUCGCUCCUCUUGCACCGGUCCAGCACCUUCACCAGACCGCCGCCGUUGUUGCCCUAAAUCGGCCUGGACCGACGGCCCACGCCCCGUCCUUCGAUCCGCCGGAACUAAACAAGAACUCCGGCGGAGCCGCCGUAGUGCGAGAUCAGGCGCCGGAGAGCAGCGUCUCGUCGCAGCCUCUCUUGGAAUCCCUUCUCGACUGCGCGCGGAUCGCCGAUUCCGACCCCGAUCUCGCCGCCAAAUCCCUGAUCCAUGUCAGAGAGUCCGCUUCGGAGUCGGGCGAUCCGACGGAACGCGUCGCCUUUUACUUCGCCGAAGCUCUCUACCGUCGCCUCCAUGGAGCUCAGAGGAAGCACCACUCAUAUCCCUCCACCGCGGCAGCCCCGCCGUCGUGCUCCUCCUCCUCCUUCGAUUCGUCGCCGGAGGACUUCACCCUCUGCUACAAGGCCCUCAACGAUGCGUGCCCCUACUCCAAGUUCGCCCACCUCACCGCGAACCAGGCGAUCCUCGAGGCCACCGAAUCGGCGGCGCGGAUCCACAUUGUAGACUUCGGGAUCAUGCAGGGAGUCCAGUGGGCGGCACUCCUCCAGGCCCUCGCAACCCGCCCCAGCGGGAAGCCCUCCAGGGUCCGGAUCUCCGGCAUCCCGGCGCCAGCGCUGGGAGCCGCGGCCGCCGCGUCUCUCGCCGCCACAGGAAACCGCCUCCGCGACUUCGCUGCCCUCCUCGACCUGGACUUCGAGUUCGAUCCUAUCCUCACCCCCAUCUCGGAGCUCUCCGCGUCCACCUUCCGGGUCGACCCGGAGGAGACGUUGGCGGUCAACUUCAUGCUCCAGCUCUGCCACCUCCUCGGCGACUCGCCCGAGCCGGUGGAGCGCGUCCUCCGGGUGGCCAAGUCGCUCGGCCCCCGCGUGGUGACGCUGGGCGAGUACGAGGCGAGCCUCAACCGGGCGGCCUUCCUGGAGCGCUUCCGCACGGCGCUGGCCUACUACGCGGCCGUGUUCGACUCGCUCGACCCGGCGAUGCAGCGCGACUCGGCCGAGCGGGCCCGGGUGGAGCGGCUCCUGUUCGGGCGUCGGAUCCUGGGCGUGGUGGGUCCGGGCGACGAGCAAAUCCGACGGGAGAGGAUGGAGGCCAACGCGGAAUGGAGGGCCGUGAUGGAGCAGUGCGGCUUCGAAACCGUGCCGCUCAGCAACUACGCGGUGAGCCAAGCGAAGCUUCUACUCUGGAAUUACAACUACAGCUCCAAAUACACCCUCUCGGAUUCCGCCCCGGUCUUCCUCUCGCUAGCUUGGGGUGACCGCCCCCUCCUCACGGUUUCCUCGUGGCGGUAAUCAUCAACCAAAACUCUGACCUCUUUCGAUUAGGAAUCUAUUUGCCUCCUUCCCUCCACUGUUUUAGUCGAAUGUGUGGGUGUUUGUUUCGUCAUACGACUGUUAAUGGGACUAAUUUGUUUGGUUGGUGCCGUACUAAUAUGUAAAGAUUAGGAUUGGAACA